GGCGGCGACAAUAAUGGCCACGCGAAAGUUCCUCUCUCUCGUCGUCCUCCUCGUCGUCUCCGCCCCCGCUUCCUAUUCCCUCCCCUUCAUCGUCUUGCACGGGAUCGGAGAUCAGUGUGCCAAUAAAGGGGUUGCGCAGUUUACCCAGCUUUUGAGCGAUUGGUCUCGCUCCAAGGGAUACUGCAUAGAAAUUGGAGAUGGAGUCUGGGACUCUUGGGUUAUGCCACUUCAGGAACAGGCAGAUGUUGCAUGUCAGAAGGUAAAGGAGAUGGAGGAACUUAGCAUGGGUUACAACAUAGUUGGUCUUUCGCAGGGAAACUUGAUUGGCCGAGCAGUAGUGGAGUCAUGUGAAGGCGGACCUCCUGUUAAGAAUUUCAUCUCUCUAGGGGGGCCACAUGCUGGUACUGCCUCAGUUCCCCUAUGUGGUUCAGGGAUUAUAUGCAUACUUGUGGACAACCUCAUCAAAUCACAAAUCUAUUCAGAUUAUGUGCAGGCACACUUGGCUCCUAGUGGUUAUCUGAAGAUCCCAACUGACAUUCCUGAGUAUUUGGAAGGAUGCAGGUUUCUGCCAAAGCUUAACAAUGAACUUCCCAGUGAAAGAAAUUCUACCUACAAAGAAAGGUUCAGUAGCUUAGAAAAUCUGAUUCUUAUAAUGUUCGAGCAUGAUACAGUUCUGAUUCCUCGGGAGACAUCUUGGUUUGGAUAUUAUCCAGAUGGUGCCUUUAACCCAAUUUUGCCUCCACAACAGACUACCCUCUACACUGAAGACUGGAUUGGUCUAAAAACUUUGGAUGAUGCUGGGCGAGUCAAAUUUAUCAGUGUCAAAGGAAAUCAUCUCAGAAUCUCCCAAAGUGACAUGAAAAAGCAUAUCGUGCCAUACUUGGAGGAGAAACCAGAAAAGUUGAUAAAAAAAAAUGUCCCAUGUCAGAAUGGGUUUCAUCAGCUUGGAAUAUCCCGAUGAUGGACAGAAUGGAUCCGACGGAGGAGUCUCCUCUGCUUUGGUCCAUCAAGGGUGCUGACAUGUAAAUUGUUUGAUUCGAAAACCACACCCUCCCCCCCCCCCCACCCCAUCCUAUGUUAUCUAUCCAGUUGGUUGAAAUGCUCCACGGUGGUAAGAAACCUGUGUAUAUUUAUACUUACCACGUGUUUCAGGUUUUCUUUUUGAACUUUUCAUGUGCUGUGUAUAUUUUAACCACGAAGGUCACUACUACAAUUGUUAUCACUCUUUUUUGUUUUU